UUGUCCCUUAUGGUGACUCUGGCAGGUCUGUGCACGGAAACUUUCAUCACUGUGCAAGGCAGCAUCAAAGUCCAAGAACACCAUUCUGCUUUCUUGAUGAACUCCUUUUUGUGAGCACCUUUCGCAGCCAUAGUACCCGCUGUGGCCCUUGAUGCGCUUCAGGUAGCUUCGUGCUACAGCAUCACAAAUUAUGGCUGUGAGGUUUACGGUCACAUGCCUUCUUUUGACAGGUAUACCAUGUGCGGUAAGGUCCUUGACCUCUUCCAGAAAUGGUUCUAAGAAUGAGUUCAAAUCAGGUGGCUUUCCUUCACCACAGUACACACUCACCAAAAAUGGCUCCCGCGCCCCAUGGUUCGUCACCAUGCAAAGAAUUGGCCAAAAACACGUUGACGAAUUCUUGUACAAUGGAAGACCAUCAAUGUUCACUUGGAGGCUGAUCUCACUGGGUGGCAUGCCCAAUUGCAGAGACUCCAAUAUCCCAGCCUUCAAUCCAAAGUGGACAAAUGUCCCGUCCUGUUCCACUGGGGCUUUCCUCUGUGUCCCUAAAACUGUUCUAGCGUCCUUUGGAACAUCGUGGCCGCAGGAUCUAAGGAGUGCGGCAAUGUCAUUGAUGCAUGAAUGAGUUAGAUUGUGCUUAAGAGAAAGCCUGGCCAGUUGUACCACGAGAUCGUUUCCGGAAUUUUCCCGAUAAAGAUCAUUUUCGUCUUGUGAUUCCUCAACUUCCAAUUCAUCAUUUGUCUCUUCCCACGAUAGAUCAGAUGCUGUUUCAUCAGCCAUGAAAUGUGGUGUAGUGUGUUCGUCGUCAGCAGUGAAGCAUUCACCGCGUUCAUCUUGAGGAAGGGGUACAACGUCCAGAGAAGCUGUCGUGUUCGAGGGGUGUAAAUACUGCGUGUCAGUGUUCACUAUUUCGUUGACAAUGUUCUCAAAUUCCUUUCGCAGUUCACGAUAACGUCUCCAUCUCGACAUGGUGCAGCGGAGACCUUCGCUGGCACAAACACGGCAGCUCAAAAGAACAGACAAACCCAAUCUGGAUUAAAACAACUUCGGUUUUUGCGUGACAGGGAAACGAAAACAAAACGCAAUUGAGAGGAAAAAGAAAGCACAAGGCAGAAGCGCAGCAACGAUGCAAACCAAACCGAAGGAGAAAUACCAGAACCAGAUACAAAGCAAGGUUGUUGCGAAAACUUUAAAACCCGACGCAGACAUAGAAAUUGCGAAACGAUCAACGUUUAGAAUUUUUGUUCUUUUCUUACAGUUUGGUCAUUUUAUUUGUUAAGGAAAUGGUCAGGUAGACUUUUUAGGUGCCAUCAAUUUCAUCAUCAUGUUGUUUCCGGUUCCUCCUGCUACUUCCGGUUUUCCUUUGCUGCCCGCGUCUUUUGUUUGAUUCGGAAGUCACAUGUGGAUUUCCAGUUUGGUUUGGGUCAGUGACAGAUAGUGCUCGCUUGUGUUGAAGUUUUCGGUCCCUCUCUUUUGCAGUUUGGUAAUCUACUGUCGUCCUACCUGCUUCCCUUUUCCGUCUGUUGAAUUUCUGUUUCUCUGGUGUUCCAUUUUUGUUACACCCUAGUGAAGUGUGAGAGUGGUGUGUUGGUCGUGAUGGCACCUACGGCGCCUACAGCAUCGAAGCAGAAAGCCGAAGGGAACACAAGCAAGCGGUACACAGUCGUAAAAUUUGAAAACGACACUGUCGAGUUUGUGCCGACGAAAUGGAUUGUUGCAGGGAGGCUAUGCCUUUGGCCGAAGAACACUCCGAAUUCGAGGAUCGCGGUGAUGGUCAAAGAACGUUGGGACCCCGAAGUGGACUGGGAUUUGUGCUCUUGUGUGCGCAUGGCGUCCUUCAACAGCUACAAGAGGGCAAAAAAGAAUGCUCGGGACGCUGAGUAUACUUCACAUCUGGAAUCCGACUCAAGUGAGGGAGAAGACAACGGAGCUGGCACUGAUAUCCUUAAACCGACGGGAGAGUUGCAGAGAGCAAUGAAGAGGAUAACUCUUCCAUCACCACCUAGUGACAUUGGAAGUGCACCUCAUAGUCCUGCUGGUUCUGCAGAGCCCUCACCACCAGCUAGCAGUGGGAGCAGAGGGUAUGGUUUUUCGUCAUCACAAUGCUCGGCAUCUGCAGAAAGUGAAAAUGGAAGUCGUGUGUCAACAGAAGGUGCCGAAGUAGGUCUCACAGCGUACGAGAAAAAAACUCUCAAGAUGCAGGUCGAGAUCAAAGCAGCAUUGCGUGAUAUCUCGUCCAGGAUGGCUGUCCUCGAGGCACGGUGUGGAUCAGCACCACUGGGAGAACCCUCUGAUGUCCUGGAGGAAUUCCUCCAAGAGCCACUUUCGAAUAUGCAAGAAUGGGAAGCUUUGGAAGAGCAACUCCAGGACUGUCCCGCAAGGAAAAACCUUGUUGAUCGGAUUGCAGUCCUUGGAGGUGGCUCACUAAACGACGCAGUACGUUUAGUUAUGGAAGCGUGCACUAGGAAAGCAUUACAGAAGCAGAUAACUGUAGAAGGCCGGAAUGGCAAGAAAGCAUUUAAAGGCACACGACUCUUCUCUUGUGUCCUGAGUGCCGUCCACAAGCGAAUGGACAUCCUGAAGAUCCCGGUCACAGAUAAAGAAGUUAUAGCUCGGAUCAGCAGGUACUUGGCUUGUGCUGGUGACUGUGAAGGCGGUCGGAAAGAAAGGAGUUCCAAACAAUAA